AAAUUUAACAAAAAUUGAAAUUAACGAUCGAUCUAAAAUGAAUUUCAAAAAAAUUAUUGGUCGAACGUGAUUUAAAAACCAGAGAAAGUAAUUAAAAACGAUCGACUUGUAAAUAGAAAUUAAAACAACAGCAAAGAAAUAAGAGUAAACAAAACUAUUGAGCGGGUAAAAAAGACAUUUUUUUGAACUUUUGGAAGGGAUCGAACAAAACAAAACAAUAAUAACAAAAAAUAAAAGCGUGAGCAGAGUUAAUAAGCUUCGGUUUCUCAUUGGAUAAUUCUUUCGUUUGUCGCUUCAUCACGAGCAACAAUUCAUUAUCUUGUUGGUGCCGCUAUUCUUAUGAGACUUUUGAUAACCAAAAAAAAAAAAUAACAGAAGAACUCCCUCUUCAAUGAAUCCAUAUUUAAUCAUACAUACAUAGCGGACCAAAAACUAGAGAAAAUAAACAGAAAACACACGAAUUGGAUGGAUUUAUAAUGCGGAACAUAACAAAACAUAAAAAGGAACACCAAACAAAAAAUACAUUCCCACAACCAGUUUCACAUCAUCUUUCGUAGCAAAAUAUAUAUAUGAAUGUAGAAGAAACAGCAACAACAACAAGAAACAAUCAACUAUUUAAUAAAUAUAUGUAUUAUGGGAGUAUCACACACGAAAAUUUAUUGACAUCGCUGAUACUUGACCAAACACAAAUAUAUAUCGUAAAUGAUGAAUCGAUCAUGAGAUAAACCAAACUUAGAUUAAUAAAAAAAAGAAAAUAAAAGGAAUUAUUUUUGUAUACAUUUAUCGACAAAACUUUAACUUAUAAUAAAAGAAAAACGUUUCACGAAACUCAAAUAAAUUUAAAUAAAAUCGUAAGAACUUCAAAGAGCUUAUUAUUAACCAUAUGGAAAUAAAGAAAAACUCGAAUAAACAACAAAAAUUAAAACAACACGAAAAAUCAAGUAUGUCAAUUAAGUAACAAUAAUGCGAACCAAACCAAGAACACCUACCAUGCAACCAAAUUAGAUGAACGACAUUUCAAAACACAAAAUCGAGUUAUAAAUAAUGUAAACUGCGAUUUAAUAAAUUGAAAGAAACCGGCAUAAAUGCCGAACAAGAACCAGCCAAAAUAUUUUUUAGUCAAAUCAUUGGAAAAUAGAUGCAUAACAACAGAAAAUUAGAUAAAUAGCGGUAAAAUAAAGUUCCAUCGCAUCCAAAAGAGAAAUAAAACACUUGAAAGAAGACGGAAUUAAUUACAACAGAGAACAUACAUACCGGGGAGAGAGAGAGAGAAAGAGAGAGAAAAAUAUUGUGUGUAGAUUUAAUUGAAACGGAAUCACCGCCAAACAUCAACCUUCAGAAUGUCGAUGUUUUUCUUUCGUUUGCAUAAUUUACAACGUGAACAGGAGAAUAAGCGAAAAAAAUCGGUACAACAGCAACGCCAACGACAACGUCGUGGUGCCCGAAUAUUUCGUAGUGAUAGCGAUACAACCGGUCAUUUAACAUUAGCCCCGUCGCGGCUAUUUGAAAAAACGCCCAUUAAACCAUCCGAUAGUUUAGAUGAAAUUGCUUUACAAAUUCCAAGAGUACGAGUGGAGUAUUAUGUCAAUGAAAAUACAUUUAAGGAAAGACUGCAACUUUAUUUUAUAAAAAAUCAGAGAUCAAGUCUACGAAUACGAAUUGCAAACUUAUUUUUCAAAUUACUUACAUGCGUAUUGUAUAUUAUUCGAGUUGUAACCGAUUUAGAACCAACGUUUGCUACUUGUUUCGGUUGUACGCCUGGUAAUAAAACCGAAUUUCUUGAAUCUGCCGCAUUGACAGAGGAGGCGUUUCAAGAGCGACCAAUUAUCAAUUGGGAUGCGAUUUUAUUCGUUAGUCGACCAACGGAAUUAUGGGCAGUACAAUUUAUAUUGGCAUUCAUUUCAUUAACUGAAGCGAUGUUAUUAACAUAUCUUGGUUAUAAGGGAAAUAUUUGGCAACAAAUUCUAUCAUUUCAUUUUAUAUUAGAAUUGGUGACAACCGUCCCAUUUGCAUUAACGUUACUAUGGCCUCCGUUACGAAAUUUAUUUAUUCCAAUAUUUUUAAAUUGUUGGCUUGCCAAACGUUCGCUGGAAAAUAUGUUUAACGACCUCCAUCGAGCAAUGCAAAAGUCACAAUCAGCAUUAUCACAGCAAUUGACAAUAUUAUCGGCUACAUUAUUAUGUUUAGUUUUUACCAGUGUUUGCGGUAUUCAGCAUUUUCAAAGAGCCGGACAUCGACAUUUAAAUCUAUUUCAAAGCACAUAUUAUGUAGUUGUCACAUUUUCAACGGUUGGUUACGGUGAUUUCGUGCCAGAUAUAUGGCCUUCCCAACUAUACAUGGUUAUUAUGAUUUGCGUGGCGCUCAUCGUUCUACCCACACAGUUCGAGCAAUUGGCAUUUACAUGGAUGGAACGGCAAAAACUUGGCGGCAGCUAUUCAUCGCAUCGUGCGCAAAGUGAAAAACACGUCGUUGUCUGUUCAACCACACUGCAUGCCGACACCAUAAUGGAUUUUUUAAAUGAAUUCUAUGCACAUCCGCUUCUACAGGAUUUCUAUGUGGUGUUGCUGAGUCCAAUGGAAUUGGACACUACAAUGCGAAUGAUUCUACAAGUUCCGAUAUGGGCUCAACGCGUGAUUUACAUUCAGGGUUCAUGUUUAAAAGAUGGUGAUUUGGCUCGUGCACGUAUGAAUGAAGCUGAAGCGUGUUUCAUAUUGGCCGCACGGAAUUAUGCGGAUAAGACUGCUGCCGAUGAGCAUACCAUUUUGCGUUCGUGGGCGGUUAAGGAUUUUGCUCCAAAUGUGCCACAAUACGUACAAAUAUUUCGGCCUGAGCAUAAGUUACACGUGAAAUUUGCCGAGCACGUGGUAUGCGAGGAUGAAUUCAAAUAUGCGUUGCUUGCAAACAACUGCACGUGCCCUGGAGUUAGUACAUUAGUAACUCUGAUAUUGCAUACAUCGAGAGGACAAGAGGGCCAGCAAUCACAAGAGGAAUGGCAUCGACUAUAUGGAAAAUGUUCGGGAAAUGAAGUAUAUCACAUCAUUUUAGGCGAUAGUCGAUUUUUCGGUGAAUACGAAGGAAAAAGUUUUACGUAUGCCAGUUUUCAUUCGCACAGAAAGUAUGGCGUUGCGUUGGUUGGUGUCCGUCCGGCUGAAUUGCCCGAAUUUUAUGAAGAGACGAUUUUAUUGAAUCCAGGACCAAAAUACACAAUGAAAAAGGAUGACACAUGCUAUUACAUGAGCAUUACGAAGGAAGAGAACUCUGCAUUUGUUGUAAAUCAAAAUCAAACGACACCAGAACAACCGAAAGAAGUAGUGAGUGCGAAUAACAACACAUCGUCGAAUCAGCAUCAAUAUACGGCACCAGUACCAUCGGUGUGUGUUCGUGUGCCGCAUAGUCCGAGCCUUGAUUCUGGCCCAUGUACGCCGAUGAAGAAACUACCGAUUGACAGUGAUUUUACAGCACUGGCCGUGCCUUCAGAAAAAAUGCCGCAACAGUCGAUGACAACAUCGAACUCAAAACUAAAUCUCAGCGAAAUUAGUACCGGCACAGCAGCAGCACAAAGUGCACCUAAUCCUAGUAAUCCAAAUACAACAACUUCAGGAGGUGCUGGAGCGAGUAGCUCAGGUUCUGGGCCACAUUUAUUAUCAGCCGCAAAUCAUCUAGAAAUACCAUCGAAUAAUCCAAACCUAUUAAGUCCCGAUAUUCUAAAUCAACGACGAGGAAGUAGACGACCAUCGAUAUUACCCGUUCCCGACAUGUUUACAUCUUCAUCGUUUAGCAUUUCCGGCAAUGAUGAUGGCGAUGAAUGUGAUGAAAGUGAAGACGAACUUGACGAUGAUGUCCCAUGGCGUUCGCCGUCCGAAAAAAUUGCGAUUGUGAAAGGUUUUCCACCGGUGUCGCCGUUCAUUGGGGUUAGUUCAACACUUUGCUACUUGUUGAAGGAGAAGAAACCAUUAUGUUGCUUGCAACUGGCACAGGUGUGCGAACAUUGCAGCUAUCGAAAUGCAAAGGAAUAUCAGUGGCAGAAUAAAACCAUCAUUUUAGCAGCGGACUAUGCAUCAAACGGGAUUUAUAACUUUAUAAUACCAUUGCGAGCACAUUUCAAAUCGAAAACAUCGUUAAAUCCAAUCAUAUUGCUGUUGGAACGACGUCCUGAUGUUGCAUUCUUAGACGCCAUCUCUUAUUUUCCAUUGGUUUAUUGGAUGCAAGGUUCAAUCGAUUGCCUGGACGAUUUACUACGCGGUGGCAUUACAUUGGCCGAAAAUGUUGUCGUCGUUAAUAAAGAACUUUCAAAUUCGGCCGAAGAAGAUAGUUUAUCCGAUUGUAAUACAAUUGUCGCUGUUCAAAAUAUGUUCAAAUUCUUUCCAAGUAUCAAAAGUAUAACGGAACUAUCUCAAAGCUCAAAUAUGAGAUUCAUGCAAUUCCGAGCACAUGAUAAAUACGCAUUACACUUAAGUAAAAUGGAAAAGAAAGAGAAGGAGCGAGGAUCGCACAUAUCAUACAUGUUUCGCUUACCCUUUGCCGCUGGCUGUGUAUUUAGUGCAUCUAUGUUAGACACAUUACUGUAUCAAGCAUUCGUUAAAGAUUAUGUGAUAAGAUUCGUACGUUUAUUAUUAGGCAUUGAUCAAGCGCCGGGUAGUGGUUUUCUGACAUCGAUGAAAAUAACUAAAGAUGAUAUGUGGAUUCGUACAUAUGGGCGUUUAUAUCAAAAAUUAUGCUCAACAACCUAUGAAAUACCAAUCGGAAUUUAUCGUACACAAGAUACAAGCAGUGCCGAUGCAUCACAUGUGAGUAACACACCCGAAGAACGUUGGAGACCAUUUUCAGCAUUUUCGAAGCAUUGUGUGCGAUUGCGGCCAUCGUACGAUGAAGAAGCUGGAGCAUCAUCAAAACGAGGAACAACUGACAGCAGUCGUCUACGUGAAGUUACCUAUCGACCAUCAAUACACUCAAAAUCUACUACAUGUUUAGGUGGAUGUACUGAAAAUCGUAGAGGAUCUGCAUACUCGAUAAAUAUGAACGAUGAAGCACGCGAAAUCCAUAAACAACAAAUUGAACGAGCCGAAAUAGCUAAUUUAGUUAGAAUGCGUAUGGAUUCACUGAACUUACCGACUAUCGAUUACGAUGAUGUUAGCGAAAAACGAAAUAGCUUAUCGUAUGUAAUUAUCAAUCCCAGCUGUGAUUUAAAACUUCAAGAAGGCGAUGUUAUAUAUUUGGUUCGACCGUCUCCUUUUUCGGCAAAAAAAACAUUCGAACGGCACAAUUCACGACGCAAAUCAAACAUUUCUUAUUGCUCGAAUUUAAAUAUGGCGCAAGCGGCUGCAUCAGCAUCACGACGCGGAUCCGGUUUCUGUUUAAAUACUUUACAGAAUUUGCCUGGGUAUGGAUUGCCAUCUUCUGCACGUGCAUCAUCACCAUAUAUUGUUCAAAAUAAAUCCAAUUCUCUUUCCUUACCUGAUAGCCCAACGGUUGCUGGUCAAACACGCGGCAGAAGUAAUUCACUGCGCAUCGAAAGCGACAUUUUGUUAAGGCGUUCAAGUUCGCUGCGUCAGGGAUUACCAAAUAUUGGGGUAUCGGUUGGUCGACGCAAGUCGUCACUUGAAGAAAUUGGCAUAUCGCAUUUUACAACUUUAAUGCAAGCCACCAACCAUUCAAAUCCCAUCAAAAUCUCAUUGAAUGGAAGUAUUGGCCUUGAGGUAACGCCACCUGAAGAACCACUUCCAGUGCUUGGUGUACCAUGUGUGAGCAGCAGCGGUGGCAUAAAUCCGUCAAGUUUUGGCGGUUCAUCAUUAGGAUUGAGCACGGUUGAAAGUCAAAUGUCACCAUUACAAGUGCCACAAUCGGACGAUAGCCAACAAUCAGUCCGUUCAGCUCAAUCGCCACAACAUCUACAAGGAACGAUUGUAUGAUAUAACCUCAUGUGGGGUCGUAGGCUACGCUCCGCAGUUAGUAAAAAUAAAUGGAUUUAGAGCAUAUACAUAUAUAUUCACAAUCUGGAACUGGAUUUGAUGCUUAGUUAUUUAUGUGAAAUUAUGGUGCGCAAAAAAAAAUAUAUUUCACAAUCGCUAUUCACAAAUGAAAAAAAAAAACAUACACACAAACUGGAUACACAAACACCUCGUAUGACGAUCAUCAACAAAUCGCUAUCACACUGGCUUGACAUACUCAUGUUCUUUUUCUUUCAUAGAAAAUUCCAUUAUGCUACUCAAGAAUUAUAUAACUGACAGAGAACAGCCACAAUACGAACUAUUUGCAUUGAAUAACACCGGUUUUCUUUUUAAUCAUUUGAAUGCAGAAAAUGGGACAAAACUAAAGCAUGAACAGAGAAUAGAUAUUAUAAUUUAGUUAUAAAUAAUAGACCAUACAAAAUUGGACAUCUAGUUGAAUUUAUAAACCAAUUUUUUGUUUGCUAUAUUAAACUAGACUUUAUUUCAAUAACUGAGGGAAAAAUAUAUAUAUCAUGCAUAACAUUAACGAAUGCAGCUUUAUGUACAAAAUCUAUACAUUGAAAAAACAGGAAGUUUUUGUUUGUUUAAAAUGUUGAAAUAAACAAUUUAUCCAGAAAUCAGACCAAAAUGUUCUCUACUGAUGGAAAAUUCUCAUUAUCGCAAACCAAGAAAAAAAAAACGAAUCCAUAAUGCAUUUUUAUAAUGCGAUACACAAAUCACCAUCAAUUGUUAUUAAUCGUGUUUUUAAAACAACCAAUUUAUAGAUAUAUAUUUAUAAUUUUAUUUAUGAAUUAGAAAAGUGAAAAAUGGUAUAAGAGAUUAUAUAUCCAUGGCAAUCAGUCUAAUUUAUAAAUGGAUUCCAUAACGGGCUAUACCAAAAAAAAUGAAACAAAUUUAUGUGAAUUAGAGGAAUUUUCUCCCAUUGUCUUAAUUGAAAUCUGUAUAUAAAUGAUACAAUUUGGAUUUUUUAAUUUCAAUAUAUAAUAUGAGACAACAUUUUUAUUUCAAGGAAAUCUGAGGAUUUUUUUGUUUCUGAACUAUUUCUCAAACGCAUUAUAUAAACAAAUAACUUGUAAAUAACAAACUUAAACAGCCAACCGUCCCCUCCCCCCCACACAGAAAUUGGUUCAAUUGAAUUAAAAAAUUUCGUUUUUUUUGUUCCAUUAACGGUUAAGAAUAAAUUUAAUUCUUUCAAUUCAAUGUUCAAAACAGUCAAAUUUUCUUCAAUUUUUUUCGUCAACAAGUAAAUUAAAAACAAAACAAACAAUUAAAGUGUCUAAUUUGUACAAAAUAGCCUCAAAACAGCUCUCUGCAGUACAAUGUACAUUUAAAUGUUAUCACGUAAAUUUAGUACCAUAGUGUUAACUAAAAUUAUAAAGGGUAAAGUAAAAAAAAACUUAAACUAAAGAAAAAUCAUUUUAAGAAAAUGAAUUUAUUGAAAAUUGAAGAAUACAAAUAAAAAAAAGCUGGUA